UGCCUGCAAAGAAGAGAAAAAUAAUUCUAUGCAACUUAAAUACGUGCUCAAGGAAAUUAACCAAAGAUCUAUAUGUGGCUUUCUCUGCCAAGCACUUGCAAUUUAACCUGAAUAAAUUAAAUACUAGUGAGGAAAGAAAACCUCCCAAGAUUUUAAUGGUGCAAUUUUAACUCUUCUGUGAAUAUUAAUACUUAAAAUAAGGUAAAUAAAAGGAUUUAUAAUAAUGCAACCAAAAAAAGCCCUACUGAAGAAGCAGAAAGAUUGUAUCAGUCCUAUUUAAAUUGACACAAAAAUGUGAUCAUAGUUGUGACAAAUUUUAAUUUCUGAUGAUUCAAGGCUUCUGGCACUUAUUUGCUCUGUAUGAGAAAGCCACAAGUUCUCAUGCUGAAUUAAAAGGCUUGAAGAGGCACAAGUUUGACUGAUGGACUAUUAGAAGAAAAAAGAAGUUAGCUUGAUGAUUGCAUCCAAAUCAUUUUUGUCAACAGCUAAAUAUUCUGAUGGAAACCAAUAAUGAGUACUGUAUAUACUGGAACCAAUACUAUUUAAUACCUUCAUUAAUGACAUAGAUAGUGAGAAUGAGUUCACCCUCAGCAAGUUUGUGGAUGAUACCAUGCUCAGUGGUGCAGCUGAUUUGCUAAAGAGAAAGGACUCCAUCCAGAGGGACUUUGACAGACUUGAGGAGUGGCCCCAUAAAGUUCAACAAACCCAUGUGCAAGGUCUUGCACAUGGAUUAGGGCAAUCACAAAUAUCAGUAUAGAUUGAGGGGUGAACUGAUUUGGAGCAGCCUUGCAGAGGAGAACUUGGAGAUACUGGUAGAUGAAAAAUAUGACCAAGCCAGAAAGUCUGGUCACAGCCCAGAAAGCCAAUUCUGUCCUUCACCAAAAGAAGUGGGGCCAACAGUUUGAGGGAGGCGAUUCUCCCUCUCUGCUCCACUCUUGUGUGACCCCAACUGAAGUAUUGCAUCUGGCUGUGGGGUUCCCAGCACAAGAAAGACAUGGAUCUCUUGGAGAGGGUCCAGAGUAUGACCACAAAAAUGGUCUUGGGGGUGGAACACCUCUCCUGUGAAGAAAGGCUGAGAAUGCUGGGAUCAAAUUGUUGAACUUGGAGUAGACAAGGCUGUGGGGAGACCUUAUUGUAGCCUUUCAAAGGGGGUUUAUGAGAAAAGUGGAGAGAGACUUUUUGCCAAGGCCUGUAGUGACAGGACAAGGGAUAAUAGUUUUAAACUGAAAAAAUGUAGGUUUUGAGUGGCUAGAAAGAAGAAUUUAUUUGCAACAAGGAUAGUGGGAUACUGGAGCAGGUAGUCUGGGGAAGAAGUGCAAUGGCCCAGCCCUGGCAGUGUUCAAAGUCAGGCUGGAUGGGGCUCUGAAUUUUGAUCUACUGCAAGGUGUGCCUGUCCAUGGCAGGGGCAUUGGACUAGAUAGUCUUUAAAGGACCAUUCCCAACAAACCAUUCUAUGAUUCUAUGUUUCAGCAGCACAUGCUGACAGUCACUAUGUGGACAGCAAGUCAAACACUGACUGGGCUAGACAGGUGUCAGGAGCUGGCUGGGAGGUGGUAUAGGUAAUUUUAGGAGUUACCAGGGACUGAUCAGGACUGGCAGCUUUCUUGUCGUGGAAGCUAUAUAUGAAAAUCUAGAGAGGACUCAUGGCCCUGAGAGAAACAAGCAUGCACGCACAGUGGCAGGGUGUAGCACACAGGUAGGAAUAACUAUUUCCCCAAUGGCUCCCCUAUCCUUUCUGGCAUGUGCUUCUAGCAGGUGUGCAGCAGGGGGUCAGGGCAAUUAGGUUAGGCUGGGUGAAGCAACUUCUUCACACUAAUGUCCUCAUACAGCUGGAGAGCUGCUCACUCCUGUUACCUCUUGGAUCUGUUCCAGCAUAGCCACUGGCCAUGUGGUAGAGCUCCACCUCGGGGACUGGCUUUGAUCUGCUCAAAAGCCAUGGCAAAUAAUUCAGUGGUUAGCAAUCCUGCUCUGGUUUGCCACCUGUGCCUACGGUGGACACUUUCAGGAUGGGCAGAAGCUGGCUGAAUCCUGGAUGACAUCUGAUUCUGCUGCUUUUCCAUGCCCAAAUCCCAUCCCUGUAAAUCAGAAAGCCAGAAGAGUCCAGCCAUGGAAAGCUGAUACUUUAUACACUGGUAUUGUCAUUUAUGCUCCAGCUUUAGCACUAAAUCAAGUCACGGGCUUCGACUUGUGGGGCGCAGUGGUGGCGACUGGCGUGGUCUGCACAUUCUACUGCACAUUGGGUGGUCUGAAGGCAGUGGUGUGGACAGAUGUUUUCCAGGUUGGAAUCAUGGUUGCUGGAUUUUCAUCUGUGAUUAUACGAGCCGUGGUGGUUCAGGACGGAAUUGGACGCAUUGUAAACGAUUCCUACCAUGGAGGAAGAUUAAACUUCUGGGACUUUGAUCCCAAUCCUUUGCAAAGACACACCUUCUGGACGAUUGUUAUCGGUGGGACUUUCACGUGGACUGGUAUAUACGGGGUUAACCAGUCUCAAGUCCAGAGAUACAUCGCAUGCAAAAGCAGAUUCCACGCAAAAUUGUCUCUCUACAUCAACCUGGUGGGACUCUGGGCAAUCCUGGUCUGUGCCACGCUGUGUGGACUGGCCCUCUACUCCAUCUACAAAGACUGUGACCCAUGGACGGCCAACCAGGUGUCAGCACUCGACCAGCUAAUGCCAUACCUAGUGCUGGAUAUCAUGCGUGAUUUCCCAGGAGUGCCAGGCCUUUUUGUGGCUAGUGCUUACAGUGGGACAUUAAGUACGGUGUCCUCCAGCAUCAAUGCUCUGGCUGCUGUGACUGUUGAAGACCUCAUUAAGCCCUACUUCAAAUCUCUCUCUGAAAAGAAGCUGUCAUGGAUUUCCAUGGGGAUGAGCCUGUUUUAUGGUGGAGUCUGCAUUGCUAUGGCUGCAGUAGCAUCUCUUCUGGGAGCCUUGUUGCAGGCAGCACUCAGCAUUUUUGGCAUGGUCGGUGGCCCCCUUUUAGGACUUUUUGCCUUGGGAAUCCUCUGCUCCUUUGCAAAUGGAAUUGGGGCAUUUGUGGGUCUUGUCAGCGGCUUCAUUAUUUCACUUUGGGUUGGAAUUGGAUCUCAGAUUUAUCCUCCACUUCCAGAGAGAACCAAGCCACUCGAUCUCUCCACUGUAGGCUGUAAUAUAUCCUCAGGAAAUUUAACAUCAACAGAAAUUCCAUUAACAACAGUUUUCAGCACACCAGGUGCAGAAAGGCCAGCCCUGGCAGACAACUGGUAUUCCUUGUCUUAUCUCUACUUCAGCACACUUGGGACACUUGUUACAGUAAUUGUAGGAAUAAUUAUCAGCCUCCUAACAGGAGGACUGAAGCAGAACACGGAUCGUAAAUUCCUGCUGACCAAGGAAGAUUUCCUGUCCAACUUCUCACGGUCCGAAACUGAGCAACCAGAGAAAGUGGAAGUGUUGAACUGGAAACCAUUUACCAUGGCAGACGAAGGAACUGACAACCCUGCCUUUAGCCACAUUGAAAUGGAUGUUGCAAGUGACAAGAACAAAGUCAAUGGUCUUCACAUAUGACACAAGGCCGUGUCAGCCCAUGAGGACAGUUUUGUUCAUGUCAAGCACUGUUGAUGUUCCUGUUCUGGGUCAGUUACCAGCUCUGCUGGGGUCAUGGGCAGGCAUCUGCUGAGCUUUGUGGCACUAUCGCCUUUGCAUAACCUUGACAUUAGUCAGGAAAGGAAUCAGGUUUUUCUUGCACUUCCUCACUCUCUCUGGUUCUUGGUGACAGAGCCUAAAGCAAUGUUUCUACGUGAAAUAUUUGCCUGUUAUUUUUGAGCCUCCUGGAAAAUAUCUGCAUUUAAUCUCAUUUCACCCUCAGAGUGAAUUUUUUAUUUGGAAAGAAUACUGUUCGCCCAGACAUGGCUGUUUUUCUGGCUUGUCUUUUUUUUUCUUUUUUCUUUUAAGGCAUUAAAAGUAUGAAGAGAUUAGGGUGUGGGACCUUAUCAGAUUGCAAGAAACAAUGGGUCUUUUUUUUUUUGUAGAGGAGGUAUAUUUAGUGCUAUCUGGUUCUUCUGUAGAACUGAUUCUGAGAGCAUAUUUAUUUUGCUGGUUUUGUUGUCUAUGUUUUUUUUUAACCCACUUAUUUCUUAGCUACCUGUACCUUCUCCUCUGUGCUCACUACUGGGAGCUGCAAGAGUGACUUGGGUGGUGGUAGAGGCAAGAGUCAGUACUGUCUUUCCCUUCAUGCCCUAUCUCCCUGUUCUCCUCUGUCUUGCCCUUACAGAGCUGGUCCUCAUGAAGGAAAUAAUCUAUUUAUACUUUUUAUUCAGUGCCAUAGACCAGAACCACAGCAGCCUUCUGCUGCAUGCCCAGCUUGCUGGCCUAGAAUUGUUCUUGCACUGGGCUGGGCACAGUGCAGCGGAGAUGUUAAUAAAGAAGAUUCCCUUUUGGCUGUCCUGCACAAGAGUGAAGGCUGCAUCUGCAUUUGCCACAGCAGUUCUCUCCAGAGCUAUGAGCUGAAACUUAGUCCUUUGUGUUCUUGCAGUCCUUGUUUUCUGGGGAUUCAUGUUCAAGGUUGGUUCAGAUCAGGCAAGGGCCUACUGUGUUUUGGCAGGUGUGCAGAGCCCCCUGCACAAUUCUCUGGGAUGGAGA